AUGGAGCUACAGAGGCCUCUGAGUCAGGGUCAGCUUCAAAGUUGGGCACAGGAGACCAAACCACCUACUGCAUUUACAGUCAUAGUUCCAAAGGACCUAUAUGUGGUAGAAUAUGGCAGCAAUGUGACAAUCGAAUGCAAAUUCCCAGUGGAAAAACUAUUAGAUCUGGUUUUAUUAAUUGACUACAGAGAAACGGAGGAUAAGAAUAUUAUCCAGUUUGUGCAUGGAGAAGAUCUGAAGGAUCAGCACAGUAGCUUCAGACAGAGGGUCUGGCUGUUGAAGGACAGACUUUUUCUGGGAAAUGCUGCACUUCAGAGCAGGAUUAAAUAUCAGGCAUCUACUAUGUUGCAAGGCAUUGAAGAAAUGAUCAAGCCUUCACGCCAUGAACAGCCAAAUUCCAAGGAUCCAGUCACCUCUGAACAUGAACUAACGUGUCAGGCUGAGGGUUACCCCGAAGCUGAAGUCAUCUUUACAAGCAACCACUGAGUCCUGAGUGGCAACACCACCACCAAUUCCAAGAGAAAAGAGAAGCUUUUCAAUGUGACCAGCAUACUGAGAAUCAACACAAAAGCUAAUGAGAUUUUCUACUGCACUUUUCAGAGAUUAGGUCCCAAGGAAAACAAUAUGGCUGAGUUGGUCAUUCCAGAACCACCUAAGGUAUUUCCCUCAAAUAUGAGGACUCACUUGGUUCUGGGAGCUGUCCUGUUGUCCUUUGGGGUAGCAUUGACAAUCAUUUUCUGUCAAAGAAAAGGUGAUAUUUCUUUUAUUACAGUGGUCUCCACUGGGGAUGUAGGAUGA